AAUGGCUCUUAACUACGAUUCGAGUCAAGGCCUAUUAGCCGAUUGGAUAUACAUGUGCACUGAAUGUUUAAAUGUUGUAUAUCAUUUGAAUUUUUCUCGUGAAAUUAAACCAAAACUCAUUUGUGCCGCUGGAAGAGAGUUCGGAUCAAAUACAAUAAUUUCGGAAAUGAAAGUUGAAUGCAGUUCAAGCUUUCUAGAAACUCUUGAAUUUCCCAAUUCAAGACUUAGAAAGUGUUUUAAUUAUUCAGAAGAUUCAUUGGAAACGGGCCUUAAAAUGUGGAUUUCAAAAUUGUAUGAUCCUGAUGGACAAAAUCUCAGACUUGCUUACCUGCAAGUCUAUAUUCUGGAUAAUCCUCAGAAAUAUUUUGAUAUAGAAACAACUGAACAACUUGUCUAUCAUCUUCCUUCUUCCCUUCAAAAUACCAUCACCCUAUCCCUCAGUUUUGGCGUUAAAAUCCUUAGCAAUGGAGGUAGCAAUUGCCAUUCUUUAAUUAUUGGCUUACUAAAUGAAACAUCAAGAUAA